AUGAUGGGCUGCAAGUCCAACUCACUCACUUGCCUGCAGGGAGGAAAGCCAGGGCUGCCGCUGCCCGCUGCCACUGACUCCACCGCCACGCUCAACAAGCUGGCCCUGGCCACGGGCGGGACUGAGAAAUCCUGGUACCGCUGCAUCUUCCCCUUCGGCAUCGUCUCCGUGGUCAUCGGCGUGGCAGCGACGUGCAUCACCUUCACCAUCAAUGGCCCACAGAUGGACAUUGCUAAGGUGGUCUCAGUGGCCACCUUGAUCUUCGGGAUGGGUCUGCUGAUGGCAGCCUAUGUGUGCUGGCGUGCCAAGCGGGAGAGGCAGCGCAAGAGGCAACGCCAGGAGCCCAUCUCCUUAGAGCAGGGAGCCCUAUGA